ACUGAAAACCCCCAAGCGCGUUAAAAUUGUUUGUGGACACUUCGCAUUUUUGUGGCGUCGGCUUUUAAAAUUACGAUUUGCGUAAGAAAAACAAUAUACAAGGCGCGUGUUAACUGUUUAUGUUGGGCAAAAUGGACCGAAGAAAGAAGCGCACAUCCUCUGAACAGUACCAGAUGUACAUAGACAUGAUGGAGGCCGACUCCAUUUUCGCCACCGGACGGGUGCCGCGCGAUUAUGAUCUUAACUAUUUGACAAAAAAAUGGAAGGAGCUUUCCGACAGGCUAAACAAAUGCAGUUCGGGUCCCAAACUCACGGCCGAGGAGUGGCGGAAGCGGCUGAACGAUUGGAAGAACACCACAAGGUGCAAGUACAGACGCAGCCUGAUGGCCACCGAGAAGGACAUUUCGAUGACGACGCUCGAGAACAGAGCCCUCGAUCUGUUUGGCAAGGUGCCCAGCACAACGGGCGAGACGCUGCUGAAUCUUAAGUCUGAGAAGGACGAUGGCGAUGAUGAGAUUGAGGAAAUUGGACAGCGCACAUCGGCCGCGUUUCAAAAGGAGCUCCAAGCUGCCGUCGAGGAGGCAAUCAACGAUGAAGUAGAUGACGUAGAUGAUAUGCUCGAAGAACACGUCGAACAGGAAGAUAUUAUCGAUAAUAAUCUGGCCGACAAUAGCGGCGCCAUGGAGAGUUCGAGUGCUGCCACAACUGCUGUAAAUACGGGGGGUGGUACUUACCGCACAAUCGUGGUUGACAACACGUCCUUUGAGCACGUGGAAGAUCCGCAUCCCGUUGAGUUUGUGACCGACCGUCGUACGCCUGCUUCUAGCAAUUCCAGCGUCCAUGCAGUCGUUAAUCCCGGCCCCGUCGUGGAAACCAAGCUCAUCAAUGGCGAACUGCCCGUGAAGCGAUUACGCACCCAGACCCGGCCUGAUCAGAUCAUCUACCAUGUCAAGAAUGCACCGAGAUGCAUCUCAAAAAUACAGGACGUGCCGCCUCUGCUCAGUACAAAGGUGGAGAGAGAUACCACAACAUUGAGCGCCGCCCUUAGUAGCCAGGAUGGCCAGCAGAUAGCCCACCAGCUGAAGCGUCUGGCCGACAUCAACUACGAGACGCUGCAGUUCGAGAUCGCGCGCUUCAAGUUCAACAAUCCAGGUUUCCAAUACAAUCCGCCGUCCUUAUAGUACUCCAUGCUAGAGGAGACAGCAGAGACGGCUCAGGAAUCCAGAAAGCCCCAGCAGUAGCCAGGGAAACGGCAGUUGCAGCAGUCUCAUCCGUUAGGUGCCCGAGUCCCAACUCGAAUGGCGUAGAUAUCUCUGACUCUGCUCUGCCCAUCCGCGACAGAAGUCAGCAUAACUUAUAGUAGCCACUUUAGAUUAAAAUUUAUAAAGAUUUCUAUUGCAAAUAUACAAUAUCAUAUUUCUCUUUUCAACAAUUAAAACCCACACGUGUCACGCCCACGAGAGGCGUGCAAGAACUUAA